AUACACCCAGGCCUUAUAUAAUGACAAUCAAAUCGUUGUGAGUUGAUAAUUAGUCUAAUGCUCACGAGUCAGUUACAUAUAAAUGAACAAUAUGGGACCUUAUCUUCGAAACCGCUGGUUUUACAUGUUAAGUGUUAUGGUAUUUACUUGCGUAGCGGAUGACGUCAGACUCAAAAGAAGCACAAAUGCAAAUUGUGAGCCUCGUUUUACCACCAUUGAGAACCACUCGGCCUGCCUGAACAGAUCUGCCCAAGCUACCCAAGCCGGUGUCACUGAACAGGAAAAGGUGGAUAUCGUCAAUUUGCAUAAUCUCCUGAGGUCACAGGUCAACCCACCUGCUACAAACAUGAUGAAAAUGAGUUGGGACAACGAUGUGGCGCUAGUGGCGCAGAAGUGGGCGGAAAACUGUGAUAUCAAACACGAUGGAAACUAUCAACGGCGGAUUCCAGCUCGCUUUUCCUCUGGUCAGAAUUUGGCAUACGGUGGCGCCAAAUUGACUUGGAAUAGCACGGUCAAUCUUUGGCACAGUGAAGUGUCUAAGUUUACAUACGGAGGGACCUCGAACUCAGGAGUGGGGCAUUAUACUCAAGUGGUGUGGUCAUCCUCCAUUAAGGUUGGAUGUGGAUACGCCUACUGUAGCACAAGCAAUACGCACUAUUACGUUUGUAACUAUUCUCCAGGAGGCAACUCCGUUGGCGCCAUGCCCUACAAAAACGGUACCAGUUGUCAAGAUUGUCCUUCAAAAUGCAAAAACAAUCUCUGUGAUUGUAACGGCUUAAUUUGUGAAAAUGAUGGAGUUAUGCACAUAGACAAAUGCACAUGUUCGUGUUCAUUGGGAAGACCCUACUACGUGGGAAACACGUGUUCAAUGAACUGUUCGGCCUUGACCCCUGACAUUCCUUGGUGUACAAACACCAUAACGCCCUCGGGUUGUUCCAAGUACUCAAACGUACCGUACACCUGUCCAAACAUGUGUGGCGUCUGUAAUUACGACUUUAAUGCACAGCCUUUGACAAUUACGACCGAGGCCACUACAACAACCGAAAAAGCAACAACUUCAAAAGAAACAACAUCUACAACUACAACUACAACUUUGAACCUUCUGAACUCACGGGUUUCAUCUUCUGAUACUGUGACUUCGGGUCCGAUGACGUCAUCAGUGACGCCAUCAAGUUCCUCAGGCACUGGCCCUGACAGAAGUAGAACUCUCUCGAUUAUCUUCCUUGCCUUAUUGGUAUUUUGGAACUUUUUUUCACUAUAGCACCAGUUGUCAAUUCCAGAAUUCGAAAGGUUUUUGAGUACUUAAAUCGAUGAAAUAAACUGAACAAAAAAGUAAUCGUAUUUGUUUCAUUAAAUCUAAUCUCAUUACAUUAAAUCUAACUUGUUAUAAAUUCGUAUUGUUUAAAAAUGAUAAACUGUUUAAGAUUUUGUAACUUUAAAAAAAAAAUUUUUUUUAAUAUAACAGUAUUCAUGUUCAUGUUCUAUUCAUCUGCAAGUUUAAUUCAUUUUUUUUGUUUUUUACCUUUAAUUGUACACUGUACAAUAUAUAAUCUAUUUAUAAAUAAAUGUAUACAUUUAUAUAAAAACAAUGAA